CCGCAGCGCGUACAAGGUUCAGUUCCAUCAGGCCGGAUGAUCAGCUGUCAGUCGAACACAAUGCCACGAGCUACUUCGAGCCGCGGGGUGACGAGAUCAGAUUCGUCCGUCUGUACAUCCCUGCUAACCCGUCCGCGAUGAGUGGUUCAUGCAUCAUUGACUUUGGAUCUUUGCCGUACAAUAAGGAUCGACAGAGAGGAGGGACUUUCGGCAUGACCAGACUACUAAUAUGAAUCAUCUCCUUUGAGGGUUCAUUCUUGACCCCUCGCUGGGCAAACAUUUACUGUACGCUGUUAUCAACAUGGAGAUCUCUAACAAUGCCGAGCGCCAGCAAAAGCUCGAGGACAGACAUUACAUUCGCUACGAUGAUCCUCGGGUGACAUCUCGACCGGAGGGCGAAGAGGAAGAUAUCAAAGCGGUGGCCGACAUGGUCAAUGAGAUUCAAAAGGCGCCAUGGAAUUCUCACAGGCACUGCUACACAGGGACCCACGCAAGAACGCAAGGCAUUGUGAAGGGUACACUGAGUACAGGCCAAAUCUCCCCGCUCACCUCAAGCAGAGCAUGUUCGCGGAAGAAAGAGAAUGGCCGGUUCUGUGCAGAUACAGCAGCGAGCCCGGUGACCCAGGCUUAGACGAUCGAAUUCCUCAACCCCGAGGAUUCGCCAUGAAAGUCUUUGAUGUCCACGGCGAGCACUUUGACGCUGGGAAAGGCCUUCACCUUUCGACCCAGGACAUUGAGUUCAACUCCACUCCAGCACUUGACCUGGCCGACGCGAAGACGACGCGAGAGAUCAUCGACCUUCGAAUCAAGUUCGGGAACAACCAGGCUGAACUUUACAAGCAGUUGGAUGCCAGAAAGGACACGGAGCUGCAGAAAGCCCGAGAUGCCGUUCGCAAUACCCAUCUCGAGUCGACCGGGCAACACUCGCAGACAGCCUAGCGUUAUGGUGACUAUGUGAUCAAGUAUUGUCUCGUGCCCAACACCGAAAUCCAAAGGAGACUGUAUGACGAAACUGUCAAGCCUGUCGACGGCUCAGAUAUUCUGCAUAGGUGGCUGCAGAACUUCCACCGUGAGCAUGAUGCCGAGUAUUUGUUUCAGGUGCAAUUGUGUGAGAAUCUCGAGGACCAGCCUGUUGAGUAUGCUGGCAAAGUAUGGGAUCCCGAAAAAUACCCCUGGCAGACGGUUGCGCGUCUUACAAUCCCCAAGCAGGACAGCUUCAACUACGCAUUGAAGUGUUUCUGGGAGGACAGGCUUAGGGUUGACCCGUGGCUGGGACUCAAGAGUCUGGAGCCUUUAGGUGGGCCGAACCGGCUCCGGAAGGUGGUGUAUCCGGCAAGCAGUGCGCUGAGGAGGAAGAUGAAUGCUACGACCGAGUUUCAUAUCAAGAGUCUGGAUGAACUGCCUGCUCAUUGAGCCUGUGCGCCGGAUGUGCAUUGGCAUAGGCAUAAAUCGGGUAUCGGUUGUAACUCACAUUACAGUAGUCCCUAUCCUACAACGUUUUAGUUCACCCACCGCAAGGAAACC